AUGCUAGCAUUCACACACAUCUCACUCACCGCCUAGAAUUCUCAAACGAUACAAACACGUACGCACGUGUGCAAAUGCGUCGCAAAACAGAGUGAGCAGGAAGUUACACGACGAAGCAAGUGUUCUUAAGGCGUGUGUGUGUGGGUGUGCGGGUGUGCGAAUGUCCUUUUUUCCGUUCGUGUUGUGUGUGUCGUGCAAGCAGUUCGUCGUGUGCGUGUGAUUUAGUUUUCCGUUUGCGUAUUUUGCUGUCCAUUGUAUCUGGUGGUGUGACCGCGUGAUUGUGUUUCGAGUUGAGUAAAGUAAGAGAGCCAAGUGCGGAAGUUUCCACAUUCUCGUGUCUGUACGUAGAAAAGCAGAGUGAAAUAAAAAAUAAAGGGUGUGCUAAAGUGCUAGAGAAAAAGGGCCGUAACAAGUGAUCGCGGAAGUAAUCCUGCAGGGAUAGUGUGGUGAUCCCCCUCCCCGCAUGUGUCCGCAGGCUCAAUGGUUAGCGCACGCUGCCGGUUCCGAAAACGGCUCCACACCAAGCACCAGCAACACAACGAUUAGCCCGUGCAGGGCUCGCGAAUAGUAGUGCCGCGGAGAUUGCAACACGGAAAAGGAGCAAGAGAAAAGCUUGCGGAAGUUUACGGAAGGGGGGAGAAAAUAUUCGCUCACACAGUUCAAUCUAGCCUUUCGCUCCCUGGCACACUGUCCAUCCCCUUCACCCCCUCCAGCAAAGUACCCGCCUUCACAAAUAUGUCGAAUGUACCGGCCAAGUUUUACACCCUGUGCCGACUGUGCCUGACCACGGUUCGGGAGUGUGAUCUUCCGGAGGCGACGGUAAAUUUUCGCCAUUCGCCAACUGUCCAGCGGGAGCAGCAGCAGCAACGGGAACCGAUCCCGGACCAUGAUCACGAGCUGAUGGAACAGCAGCAGCUCCCGAUCGUGGAGUGUAACGUGGAAAUUGUCUGCACAGAGGACGAUGAUGUUGGCGUACGCAAUCAGACAGAUGCCAUCGUCUCACCGGAAGCGGACGGUGACGGUGGUGGUGGCGAUGGUGGCGGCGGUGGUGGUAGUACUGACGAUGGUGUUGACGCAUCGCACAACGAUGAGCGUAGAAAGGAUGGCGAAGCAAGUGCCCUUCCGGUGGUGGUUACAGCGAAUGGAAGCGCUGCUGACGGGAAUCACAUUAGCAGCAGCAGCAGCAUCAGUGGAAAUGGUGAAGAAGAUGAGGACUACGAGGAUGAUGAUGAUGUAUUCAGUGCCGGCAACAUGUAUCCUGAUCUUCCGAAGCGGAUAUGGACGUGUCUUUCAAUUAAGAUUACACCAGAGGAUGGUUUGCCAACGGUUGUGUGUAGUUCCUGUCGUGAUCAGCUAGAAUCCUGCCAUCGGUUCCGUCGGGUGGCUCACAGGACGCAGAAAUCACUGCAGAGCUACCUCAGCUACACCGCAGCGCUCGCUGGAAGUGAAGAGGAAAUACUCGCCGAAUCUUCCGUAAAGUUGGAAAAUUUGAUUGCUUCGUCGCCCGCGACGCUUGCGCUGAAAGCGUCAGCCGAACAGGACGCGAUCGCUGCCCUGCAGGCGCUGCGCAACAAUAACAAUCAUACAAAAUCAGUUACCUCAGUACUUAGUAAAACGCAUCUACAAAACCUGGAAGCAAACGCCGUAUCUGUGAUCCCCAUCGAGAGUAUGAAACUUACUUCCACCGGCGUACUACAUCAGCCGACAGCGACGACUACCAUCAUCCAUCAGCAAGAGGAGCCGCAACAGCAAUCGCUGCAACUAUUUCAGCAGCAGCAGCAGCAGCAGCCAACCAACCUACCAAAGCAGCCGCUUAUACAGGUGCGCAACCUGACGCAGCUGCAGAAGGAGCAUCUCGAGACGGCCGAGGUGUUGAUGGACAUCAGCAAGAAGGCCAUCAUCUCGCCGCCAAGCUCGAACCCCCAAUCGCCUAGUCUGCUCGCGGAGCAGAAGCAGCAGCAGCAGCAUUCGCUACAGUAUCAAAUUAAUAUUAACAAUCAGCAUACACAGCAACCGCAAAGUAUUAAAUCUUCUGUGAUAAAGCCACACGAAUACCUUUUGAACAAUCUAAAGCGUACCCCUAGCAGCGAAGAGAUGGAUCUGACGAUGAAGCGAUUGAAGGUGGAACCGAACCUGGUCCUUUCGCCCGCGGUACCGGCCACCACGCUAGUGAAGAAGAACUUCAUCAAGCGGGAGAACAUCAUCGAGCAACUGGCGGCAACCGUGGCCGACGAUCAGGCGAGCCAGCACAGUGACAGUGUGGACAGCAGUGACUCGGGCCGGUUGCAGAUGGACAUAUCCUCGCAGGAUGCACACUCCGAGUGUACCACCGACGAGCUUAAGUUGCGCAACAGUCUUCACCUCAACAACAACAACAAUCACCUGCAUCAGCACCAGCAACAGAUGGAUCAGCUUGGGCGCGAAACCCCGGACAGUAUGAAUUCCAUCGAGGAGCAGCAGCAACACCAUCACCAGGCAGUAGCAGCAGCUGCGCUAGUAUCCGCUGUUCACCAGAUUCCCUUCGGCAGCUUACCAGAUGCGUCCGAUCCGACGAUGGCACAAUUAUGGCAGACAUUGGCGCAAAAUACGAGUCUCAUCGUGAACGGUAGGGAUAAUGAAACGACAGCCUUUUUACGAAAGAUGAUCAACGCACAAAAUCACGGCAUUCAGUUUGCACCGUCCGUAGUACCGGUCGGUACAGGGUUGGCACUGCUCAAGCAAAACGAUAUCAUCCGGCACAAUCAAACAGGCCAGAGCGGUCGCCGAAAACAGUCCUGCCCAAUUCGAACACCCGUCGAAGGUAACUCUCCCAACUCAUCUCUGGACAACAAUGGCAUUAGUGGAGCGGGUGCAGUUUUGAAGCUCGCCACCGGCAAGAGUGCGACCACCGGCAAUGUGCUGUUCCGCGUGGCGGAACACUCCAGCUCGUUGAAGUCUUCACCUCAAAGUGCAGGGACGGCUCGGUCCGAAGCGAAUAGUACCGCAUCCGGUAAUAGCAGUCCUCAGCUACUACACCCCAAAUCCUCAGCUCAACCACAAUCUCAGCAACAGCAGCAGCAGCAGCAGCAAAACUCUCAGCAGAAGGACAUGUCCUGUACAAACUGUGGCACGACAACUACCACCAUCUGGCGGCGGAACAUCCGCGGUGAGAUGGUAUGUAAUGCUUGCGGUCUGUAUUUCAAGCUGCACGGUGUGAACCGUCCGCACACGAUGCGCCGUGACACGAUCCACACGCGACGACGACGUCCGAAAGGUGAUAAAAGCACACGAAGAAAAUCUAUCAAGCAGGAAAACGGAGACAUCGUGGACAAUGGCGUAGAAACAGCUGUUGAUCUACAAACCCUGCAAAACCAUCUAAAAGCACUACACGAAGCUGCUCGCAGUACGCCACCCAACUUAACCAUGCCACCUGCCUUCCAACAUUAUCUGCGUGCGACGCAAAACUUCGAUCCGAACGGUAGCGGCGAGCUACUGGGAGGUGAUGGUGGUGACGAUAGUGGGCCCGAAAAUGAUCUGGAUUCGUGCAACCUGCCCCUCAAUCUGGUGGCCACGCAGCUAGGUAGCGAUUCGUCGCAGCACUGACGGAAGCUUCCUACGGGGCAACAGCGCCCGGCAGUAGCAGUUGCUGCAGCAGGUGACCAAAAUUCUAAACCCUUGACUAGGCGCCCUUUGAACGGGAGCACCACUAAGAAGGGCACCCGCACGGCAAAGGCACCGGUAACGGAAGCGGUACUAUCCUGUGAGAAGAAAGGAGUGAUUUAAGGAGCAGAGAUUUGUUGGUUAUUACAACCAAAUUGCUACUAUAACUACUAAUAUUAUCAGCUAGAAACUGCAAAACAACAAACACCCGCUCCUACUUAUUAGCUCGCUGCUAUUGGCGACAACAACUACUUAGCUGCUACGUUCCGACCACAGAGACCACAGAGCAAAACAAAAUUAAACAAAAAACCCCGCAAAUACUCGUUUAUUGGAAGCAGUCAGAAUAGGACGGCGAGGCAAAAAUACUGCACGGUUGAGAGAAAAUUGGAAAUUUAAAUUUAGCAACCUUAGACAACGUGACAGCAGAGAAUGCGCGAACAAAUUCGAUCGGCAACUGAAAUACUCCAUUAGUGACGUCCGUUUUAUGAUUAUAUAUAUAGAAGUGCGUUGGAAGUGGGUGGUACAGCACAGAAAAUUGUAAAGAAAGGGAGACAGAGGGAGCGAAAGAGAGAAGCGACAGAAGGGAGGCAGAGAGAAUUGAUCGUUGAUUGAUAAUUAUUAUACUAGAGGACAGUAUUUAUUACCUUUUAACGAAAAAAACAAAUCCUAGACCAGGACAAUAUUAUUGAUACAAUUUAAGUGGACGGCAAAGGCGAGCGUCCGCAUACUUAGCGGAAAUAGAUACAGCCACAGCUACACGGAACAAGCACGCAAUUACACGCGAAAACAAAGAGACUAACCUACAAGCAAACGCACGCGCUCACUUGCGCACCUUUCACACUCUGCUGGAAAGGUAAAGGGAGCGACACACACUCACACAGAACGUCUUAUACUAAAAAGCGGCAAGAAACAUAAGCAAUAAUGAUCUAACCAGCUCCGUCGCCGUGAAGGAGUGUUACGUACGGCAUAAGGCGAACCCCACACCAAGGGCAGCAUGAUGUAUAGCAUUGUAAGGUAGUAGAGUAUUUUUUAAGCAUCAGUUUUUACAUACGUUGUGACGAUUGAGUACGUUAAUGAGCAAAAGAAAACCCCAUCCUACUUGCAUGGUACAUACUUACAUUUAGAUAUAUUACUUUCAUUUUAACGUCAUUUUAAUCAUACUUGAGCAAAUAGAUGUUAAGGGAGGAUUAGCGAUGGGGAGCUUCCAUGCACUUGGAAGCUUGGUUUGGAACAAUCGUUCGUCUUUUUAGAACAGCAACGGUAGCGAGUGUCAGCGGAGAUUAUUUCUGUUUGUGAUUGGAAGUUAAUUUAGAACAGACGCGAUUGUUUUAACAGUAUGUUUCCGUUCGUGUGCAGUUUAUUAGUUUUCUGGUUUGUUUAAUGUAGGGGGUGUAGGCAAAGAUCCAGCUUUACACGUCAAUUUUUGCUACUUAUCAACCAAUCAUUGAACGGUUCAUGCGUUCUUCAUCUUAUGCGGAAGAAUUUGUUUCAUUGUUCCCGAUGUACUAGGGAGCAAGAAAAAAAAACAAACGAAAAACCAAUUGUGAUACGGAUACGAUGUGUUGUGCGUUGGAGGAAACGAUAGGAAAGGGAAGUAGAAAGUGCAAAGGAGAAUAUACUUUAACACUUAAUACAAAAAAAAACACACGAACACACCCCCCACACACACACGAGCGCACGAGCGUGAAAACUCCGGUGCGAUGAAAAAAAUCAAAAUUAUAUAGGAAAAACGUGAACAAUGGCCAACUCUCUCGCAAUCACAAACAAAAACAAGGGCAAAGAACCUGGCAUAACAAAUGGCGCUCUCCUAGUUUGUAGCAUGAUAAUCAUAGAAGGAAUCUCUUCAAUUUUAAACACAAAACACAUACUUAUCAAAAAAGUCAAAGUACCAUCUUGAACAGUUUACAAAAUCGCUUUAGUGCAACGCUCAUCCCAAUAUGGAAACACAGAAUCUCUUUUCUGGUAGCUUAUUUUUUCGACGUAUCGAUCGAAACGAUCGUUUCACGCUUUCGCUUGUUUUCUGUUUUACGCCAGGCGCAUACCUGCCCGGAUCUAAGAAACAAGCUUAACAACAACACUGGACUUAAUUAGAUUUCUAACUUUCGUAGGUUUAGAUGUGGACAGUAGUGUGCUAGCGUGGUUUUUGACACCAGCCAGCAAAACACGUAACUUAUCGAUUUUAUGUUAUCAACCAAUUUAUCAAACGCGGUCUCGCGAGGACUCUUGGUGGUUGGUUGGAUGGUUAAAAGGUUUGAAACAGUAUUUAGUAAGGUAAGACAUGACGGAACGUAAACAGUAUCCAUGACGCAGGCAACCAAAAACCAAAACCGGAACAGUAAACAGCCAUUGAUAAAUUGAUCCGUCCGUCGUUCCAUUUGAAAGCUUUUUGCUUCCGACCCAGGAACUGUUGGGAAAAUGUAGCUUGUACUGACCAAGGAUUCGCUUAACGAAAAACGGCCAUGGCAAACAUUUGGCAAUUUCGAUCAUCUCUUCACCAACCCCCAUCUAUCAGGAACGACAAUUCUAGUCGAACAGCAGAAGGUUUUUGUAUGUUUUUUUUUUCUUUACAUAUGGCAUUAACGACCAUCAUAACACGCCCUCCCCAUCCUUCAAACCAAGAGUUCUUCGGACACUAACAUAAAUCCUCGAUCCGUCGAUGUGUGUACUUAUUUUGCCCGUUCCGUACGAAUGCAUCUUAAUUUCCAGAGCCAAAAGCAAAACAAUGUUCAGCGCCAUUUUCCCAUGUGUCCUUAACCAAUGGUUACCAAUAUUUAAGUUCGUUCUCCCAUUUCAUUUCACAAUUUAGUCAUACUUUACCGUAACGUGCAUAACAUGACAGCUUAUUUUAAUGGUAGUAAACCAUUAAAUUUGUGUUUUUUUUUAUCGACAAACCCUGCGAAGAUAAAGAGCAACAAAAGAAAAACAAAACAUUUUAAUACCCCGUAAGCUUUAAACCACGUGCACACACAAUGCUAAACGAAGGGCCAGUUACUGUGUAGAACGCAAUCCAAAAGCAGCUUAGACAGACCUUAGAAUGAGAACAGUGAAGUGCGCAAAAAAAACGACAAACAAAUGCGGGAUCUCCAAUCACUCCCAUCUAGUAAAGGACGGUUGUGUUUAAACAAGAGGAAGAAAAAGAUAAGAAUGGCGCCAAAAUGAAGAUAGGAAACAGGAGUAGUAGUGGUACUGUUGUAUGCAUAUGAUUGACCAGUUGUUUACCAGUUUUUUUUUUAAAUACGAACCUACGAGUACGAGAAACGUAUCUUAUUUCCUAUCGCAUAGCUAGUUCUUAAGUUAAGUUCGAUCGGCUUACAUAAACUACUACAAAAAGGGAAAGAAAAACAAGUGUGUCAGUAGUGUUAAGAAAUAGUGUAGGACAGUUGUGUAAGCGCAAUUCACACAUCCGGACCAAGAGAGUCGCGUGUUGCAGCGACACAAUGAUUACACUUUGUUGUUUGUAAGGUAUGAUGUUCCCUUUUGGUUUUUUAAGUGGAAAUUUGGAUAUUGCACAUAUUUGGAACAAGUUUUCUUUACAAACACUAUUUGUCCUACCAAAUAGAUGUUAUUUUCCGUUGUUCAAAAGUGCUCGGCCCACGUUGUACUAAAAGUGUACUAAAAUUUUCCACAUGGUUCAGUCUCAUGAGAAACGUAAUAGAUUUUUUUUGUAAGUUGUACUCACAUAACACACCAGCUUGUUCAUUACAAGACGAUACAGAGACAUAAUGCAAACAGCAAUGCAAGCACACUGUUGUAAUUAGUUUCUCUACUUUUAAUAACUUCUGUAAUUUUUUUUUCUUGUUAAACUAAUUGGCCAAAUGACUAACAUUGUAGCGACUAUUAUUUGCCAGCGAUCUCCAAGUUCUUCAAGUACGAAAGCUUCACAAGAAUGAUGCUCCUCCUAAAUCCCAAUUGUUAGAUGCAAGAUGCAUAUUAUAUUCGUUCCCAUUUUUUAAAUGUUAUGAGCCCAACCACAAUCUUCCAACAUGCGGAGAAAGCGAACGGGGAAAGGAGAUAUUAUAAUCCAACGCAUGUUAAAUUAUUGAGCUCAUUCGCUUCCGUCGGCAAUGACAGGCGUUAGAAAUGCAACCGAUUUAAGAUAAUUUCGUAACAAGGCAGUAUUGUUUUGAGCUUAGAGCCACAACACAAACACCACACACACGGAGACAGACAGCAUACGUAUGGUACCAAUGUCAUGACUUAAACGCGCGUUGUCACUACACUUAGGCAACUCAUCCCCAUUCUCUGCACCGCAUACUUACAAACACUACUAGCAGCGGCAUUGGAAUCUCACAGGGAUCUAUAAGUAAGACUUUGCUUUUAUUCAAAUUUAAAACUAUCCACAAAGGCAGCAGCACAGUUCUACUUAAGUAGCGUUCAAGACGCCAUUUUUUUCUCCUCUUUGCUGUAUGUAUUUUUUGUACAUCUGCCCCUAGUAAGCACGAAGGACGACAGUCGCUUUUCAUCUCAUUAUCAUGCACAGAAGAGUACCACAAUUAAGAUUACCAAGCUUAAGAUUAUCGUUUAUGAGUAAUUCCUUUAUUCGUCCACAUCAUUCGCAUCAUCUUCCCAUGGUCCCAUGAAUCAUUCGCCGGCCGUGUGCAUGUAUUUAUUUGUUAGAUAUUAAAAAGAAAUUACGCAAACGGCUUACCAUUUACCACCGGCAGAAGACGGGAGAACGACACAUUUAUCGGUGCGAUUAGAUGGAAGAGUUCUUAAAACUCCUUUCCUCGCUAACGCGCAUUCGCACGCUUGGAACAUAAGGAACAGCGAUUGUUCUGUUCUUCUCUUUUUUUUUAACUCAAAUUAGUAUCGUAAGUAGAAAAGUAUUCCCAACAGCGUCUAUACGGCAUUACUAAAACAACAACCGACCGACUUACCACAUUUUGUUAAUAACUUUGCCCAGCCACACACAUGCCGGUGGAGUUCACCUCGUUGCUGGCAUUGCUGUGCAUUCAUGCAAGAAAGAUUUCGUUCGCUUUUCAUUAUCAUUAACCGUUAAGCUUCCACUUUGAUUAAAAAGGGAUGAGGAUGAGAUUGUGAAUAAAUGAGAUUAACGAGUUGUGUAGAGUCGUGAACACACUGGUGGGUCGGGAGAUGGGAACCAAGCGCGAUGCAUACAGCACAUGCAAAGAAAACCAAGAAUUUAAACCAUGAUAAUGCAUAUGAAACCUAGAGCUAAGCGAAGGGAUGAAACUCCCUUCACCGCCCAUCCCCCUCCCCCCUACACACAUACACACACAUACACGGAAACUUACCCAGAGCUGCAACCACUACUAGUACUACUAUUACUACUAUUAUUAUUGUGUAAUGUUGCUCGGCCUGUUUUAUUUUGUCUGUCCGUAGGUAUUAUAUUUGCAAAAUAAUGCAGCUCUGUAGCGAAAAAUUAAACAAACCCCCACCCCCCUCCUCCUCCCCCCACAAACUAGAGAAGCUGCUGUGGCACAGCAAAACAGACAUAGUUCUGUUCUAGUAUUUAAUGUGCUACGGUGGAGCAGUGGAGCGAGUAUGGUAUGCGUGCGUGCGCGAGCAAAGAAUUGACCCACAGUGUACUACCCCGCUACCCUACUACUAAUGCUACGCGAAGUUACGAUUAAGUUUAAGGGAAAUUUAAUUUUUAAUUGCUACCCAAACCCGUUACUUCCCCGGAACAGAAGAAAACAAAACAAAAGGCACACUCCGCUCGGUACGCAUACGCGCGGGUUGGUGGCCGUGUAUUUUUGUGUCCCCUUUGCCCUUGUCCCCGUCUUACUUACUCGUUAGUGUAACUAUAAUGGAUUAUUUUAUUAAUAUUAUUUUUAUCGUUUUUUUUAGUAAGAAAAGCGUAUUUUUUGCAAAAAAUAUAAACAAGUUUUUAAUUGAA